AUGGGCCGUGGCAGGUUUUGCCUUGUGGACUGUGUGGUGUGCGAGGUGAUGACGUCUAGUUACACUGAUGGCUGCAUGCUCAACAUCACCACAUGUCGCCUCCGGUACUCUCACAAGAGAGAGCUGCGGAUCGCCGAUCGCGCCACCAAAUCCUGUCAAAUGACCAAGAAUGUCCGCGCAUUUUCUCCUGUUGCGUUCUGGAUGUAA